AUGUGCCCACGUACACACAGCGCAGCAGCCACCAGCACCACCGCCUCUAUUAACUCCCCCGGGGCGGCACCACCGCAGCGAUCUGCCAGCCUCCCGCCCCGCUCUCGUCAGCGGGCGGGUCCGCCCUCGCUCCCCGCGGACCGGCACACACCGCCCCGCCGUGCCGCAGACCCUUCCCCCCAGCCAAACGCGUCCCUCCCGCAGAGCCCCUGCCCGCAAGCCCGCUUCCCCGGCUCCGCUCAGCACAAACCCGCCGGCCGGCCCCUCUGUCCCCACCUCAACCCGCGCUUUCAGGGCUCCCUCCUUCAGCGCUUCCAUCCCGCCACUCCCCGCUCCCACAGGUCGUUCUCCCCAGCCCCGACUGAGCCCGCCGGGACCCACAGCGACCCCCUUCCCACAAGCACCCCGCUCCCUCGGGCACCCGCUUCCUUCGACGGUCACUCACCCCCCCAGUCCCCCUCACCCGGCUUCUCACAGCAGCCCCGGGCCCGCUCUCCUCCCAUGGAGAAGGGUCCCUCCUCUCCCGGCCAGGACCUUCCGCCGCCCGCAGCGGGAGCAGCCGGGAAGGCGGGGGAGCCCCACCCCCACCUGCUGCCGGCCCCGCCGCGGGCAGAGCGGUACCGGGGCAGCGCUGCCCCCAGGAUGCCUCCUCGGGUCCCCCCCGGCCGCAGCACUCACCGGCCAAGCGGGAAACGCGAGACAGAGGCAGCGGGGCGCGGAGGGCCACUGCGCGGCGGGUACUGCCCGCUCCGCCUGCCGCCUCAGAGCGCAGGGCCGGUGGUGCUGGUGCUGCCGCCCGCGCAUGGAUUAUGGAGGGCGGGCUCUGCCCCGGGUCGGGGCUGCGGGACCACCCCGGCAGGCUGGGGCUGA